UCCUAUUCGGCCCCUGGACACGUCGAUGCCUAAACUCUCCGAAUAAUUCCUCAUAACCGAAACGCUCACGCUCCAACCAAGCUCUCUUUUUAACUGCCCGAAAUCCAAGAGAGUGAAACCAUUUCCUUGUUCGUAGAUAACAGGCAAUAACAAUGUCAACAUUUGCCAACCCAGUCGCACAAAACGAGUCCACUCGCAUGUUUGAUGAAGAUGAUUCCUACGUAGGCUACGAUUCGCGGCCAUUCGAUGACUCAUUCGCUGCCGGCAACGAUGUUUUCGAGUCUCAGCUACCGAUUCACGGCGAGUUCUCUCCUCUUGAAAACGAAGGGUUUGGUGGACAGGAGGGUCCUAUUUUUCCUCCACCGUUGGAGAAGGACGCUGAGCAGGGAUUUGCUCUCAGAGAAUGGAGAAGGCAAAACGCCAUACUGUUGGAGGAUAAGGAGAAGAGGGAAAAGGAGGCAUUGAGCCAAAUAAUCAAGGAAGCUGAAGAUUAUAAAGUUGAAUCUUACAAGAAGAGGGAGAUCGCUUGCGAGAAUAAUAAAAUCACUAACAGGGAAAAAGAGAAGGUUGGCUAUGUACUUCUUGACUUGCUAAUGAACUUAAUCAUUAUUCCUUUGGCUGAAAAUCGAGCAGGAAAAUUUGCUUUUGUUAGGAAACCCUGCACUGCCCGUGAAUUAUUUCUGGUCAACCGAGAAAAAUUCCAUGCUGAAGUUGAUAAGAAUUACUGGAAGUCAAUUGCAGAGCUCAUUCCUAAUGAAGUUGCAGCUAUAGAGAAGAGGACAGGGAAGAAAGAUCUGGAGAAGAAGCCUGGUAUUGUUGUGAUUCAAGGCCCAAAGUCUGGGAAACCAACUGAACUCUCAAGGAUGCGGCAAAUACUCUUGAAAUUGAAGCACAGUGCACCUCCUCACCUGAAGUAUUCCCCAGCAGAAGCAGCCACUUCUAUUGAUGCUACAGUUGCAACCACAACCCUCAAGGCUAAUGCUGUGGUGACGGCUCCUGAGACUGUAGCUGUUGCCUGAUAAUUUUGUUUUUGCAUUCUUUGUCCACAUGUAUUGAAAGAAGUUGAAGAGCUCAUUAGAAUUUGGUUGGUUUAACAACAACCGUUUUAAAUAUGGUUCACACUCACAGGCUUAUUACACUGCUGUUUUUUUGUCUUUAAUGUGUACAAAACUAGGCCAUUCAAGCAGGUUUAUAACUAGAUAAAUUGCUUGUCAAA